AUGAAGCAUAUAUCCAUUGACCCGCGUCGGAACAUCCCUCCCGUCCGAGAUCUCGCCUCGUCCUCGCUCCCCGCGAGCUUACCAGAAGCAACGAGCACGAAGACGCAUCCCUCGCACGCCGGAGGAGAGAAUGCCUCGAUCUAUUUCAUCGGCACAGCCACGACGAUCCUGGAAUGGGAGGGCAUGAGGGUGAUGACGGAUCCCAACUUCCUCCACGCUGGAGACCACGUCCACCUCGGCCCGGGCGUCACCGCGACGCGGCAGACGAAUCCGGCCGUCGACCUGCACGAACUGCCUCGCAUCGAUCUCGUCCUGCUGUCUCAUUACCACGAAGACCAUUUCGACCGCAAAGUCGAAGAAUCCCUCCGUCGCGACCUCCCCAUCAUCACCACGAGCCAUGCCAAAGCCGCGCUGACGGCUAAGGGCUCGGACUCCUUCCAGCAGGUGUACGACCUCGAGCCCUUUGAGCAGAUGCUGGUGAGCGUCAAGUGCGACAGCGCGCAGACCAGACAGCCGCGCAUGCGAGUCACGGGCACGCCGGGGAAACACAUACCGACCAACAAGGUGGUGGAGAAGUUGAAUCAGUUUGCGGCGGCGAGAAUGAAGAUCCCACCCACCAAUGGAUGGAUGGUGGAAUUAGGCUACGGCAGCACCGGGACCCUACAGACGGACUUCGACGUGGGGUAUCGCAUCUACAUCUCCGGCGAUACGUUGAUGGUCGACGACCUCAAGGAGAUCCCGCGGCGGUUCGCAGGCCAGAAGCUCGAUUUGAUGCUCAUCCAUCUCGGGGGUACGACGGUGCCUCAUCCGAACAUGUGGCCGCUGACGAUGAUGGUGACCAUGGACGCGAAGCAGGGCGUGGAGCUGGUCCGGCUCAUCAGGCCCGAUCUGACGAUUCCCAUCCACUAUGAUGACUACAACGUGUUUGCGAGCCGCUGGAGGAUUUCAAGCAGGAGAUGCAGAAGGCGGGCCUGGGGGGGAAUGUGGUGUAUCUCGACCGCAAGGAAGCCUACCAUUUCCGAGUGA